CCGGGCGAUCAUGACUUCCAACACUCUUGAUCUCCGUGACACCCAGGUACUUUAACCAGCUGCGCCAGAACUGGAUGUUCUCGCCACUGGGCACUCCUAUCACUAAUUGUACGCCCUUACACCUCGAGCACCAUGCAGCACAAUUACACCAAGAGUAGCAUGAUUGGCUUAGCCAUAGCCUUCAUGAUACUUCCUCUGAGCUUCAUCAGCCUCCGCAUAUGGGCAAAGACUCUGGCAAAACGAUUUGCCUGGGACGACUACCUCGCGAUUGCCGCUCUGUUGGUCUCCUUGACAUGCUGCAUACUUCAACUUGCAACUGCAAUACACGGCCAUCUAGGCCAGCACCAACCUCUGAAUGCGGAUGGACACCCAAUCAUGGACGAUCCGGGGCUGAUAUUCUUCGAGGAGACAAAAUUCGCGCUGAACAUGAUAUCCAUCAUUGGCCUCGGGCUCGUCAAGUCUUCCAUCUUGGUCAUGUACAAAAACAUCUUCGACGUUCGCAAGUUCCGGACCGUUGUCUAUGUCGUUCUGGCAUAUGUCAUCGGCUGGACCGUCAGCUUCAGUUUCUCGCAUCUCUUCACAUGUUACCCCAUUACGGUCUUCAUUGAGCCAUACUACGGCAACAGCUGCGUAGAGACGGUUCCGAUGUUUUUGGCUCUUCUUUAUACAGAUGUCCUUGCAGAUUUCGUCAUCCUCGUGCUUCCGAUACCCAUGGUAUUGAGCGUCAAGCUGACUUUGAAGAGAAAGCUGGCUGUAAUUGGUAUGCUCAUGCUGGGCGCAGCUGUAUGUGCUGUCAGUGUCACGCGUGUAGUAGCCACAUACUCUAUUGCGGAAGAGUACAUCAAGCACCCGGACGAUGUCAUAUACUACACUGCACCUGUAUUCUUCUGGACCAACAUCGAGCUUUCUCUCGCCAUCGUAUGUGCAUGUCUGCCCACGCUCCGGCCGAUUUGGUUCCACUUCAAUCCGCGGCCUUCCACGCAGACUGGCUCGGGAUAUGGGUCGUCCAGGCUCACGGGCACGAAGAGCAGCAGCUUUGCGACCAAAUACGGUGGCACCCGUAAACCGUACACAGAGCUGGACGAGAUAGAGCUCACGUACUGUGAGCCAACUCCGUCAACCUCCUCGGACCCGCCAUCCAUGGCCAACGAACGGGGUAUUGCCAAGCCUGUAGAAAUUCGUCAAACAUUGGAUUGAGCGAAAACUGAUAUUGAUGAGGCUGUGCAGAGCUCAACUUGGUCUGCUUGCG